AAUCGCGCUGCAGUAUUUUGCUGAACAGAAACUGAUGCGGAACAAGUAAGUCUGCUGCCAAAUGUCAACAUGGAGGACAACAGACACGAUAAAACUAAAGCUUUUGGCAGCAAAUCGUUUGAUGCCCUUGAAGACAGAACUUUACUUGACGAGCUACUCACCGGCAAACAUGUUAUUUCACAAGGUGAUGAAUUAUUUUGUCAACAAUAUGUGGAACAGUUAUCUUCGUUUGGGCUUUCCAAACUUGCUAUGGAACCAGAACACCUAAAGGAGGAGCAAAAGAAUAUUCUAGAGGAAACCCAAAGACUUGCUUUUGAAAACUAUCAAACCUUCAUUCAGGCAGCACAAUGCUCUAAAGAUGUGUCUAAAGACUUUAAUAUUGUGGAUGAACACUUAAAUACAAUGAUGGAUAAUUUACCAUUGUUUACCUCAAGUAUCGAAGAAUUUGCAAAAUCGUCACAAGAAAUUAACUCUAGUCGUAAACAGAAUUCAUUGGUUCUUUCAAGACAUACACAAUUGCUAGAAAUAUUGGAAAUCUCACAACUCAUGGAUACUUGCGUUCGUAACGGUUAUUACGAGGAAGCCUUAGAGUUAUCAAUUUUCGUAAAAAGACUGGAGAAAAAAUUUACUUCCAUCAAAAUAAUUACCGACAUUGGGGCAGAAGUAAAACGGAGUACGCAGUUAAUGUUGGACCAGCUAUUACAGCAGCUGAAAGGAAGCAUUCAACUUCCUGCUUGUUUACGCAUUAUUAGUUACAUUCGACAGUUGGAUGUGUUUGGUGAAGCUGAACUUAGAAUAACAUUUCUACAAGCCAGGGACUCUUGGUUUAAAAAUGUAAUAUCGCAAAUUCCAAAGGAUGAUGCCUACAAUCACUUAACCAAGGUGAUUGACGCCAGUCGUGUGAAUUUAUUUGACAUCAUUACUCAAUACAAAGCCAUUUUUUCGGAUGAUGAACCAACAUACACAAUAGAUGAAGAAAAGAAAAGCAGCUACUCCGCCAUCUUGCGUUCGUGGGUGUUACAAAAGAUAUCCGAAUUCAUGCGCACGUUACACGAAGAUGUUCAUCGCGGCUUAGGUGGUAGAUUGGAUUCAGUAUAUGGACAAUGUAUGUACUUCGGUUUAUCGUUUAGUCGCAUUGGUGCUGACUUUAGAGGAGCUAUGAUCGCGAUAUUUCACAGAUAUACGUUGAAGCAAUUCAAACAAACUGUAAAUAACGCUACGUGCAGAUUUGAAGACGACAUUGGCACUUUCACUGUUAGUUCAAAAUCGUUUAAAAGAUUGGACACAAAGAAGAACGUGAAAAUCGACCCAGUCUCUCCUCCACACGAGCUGUUGGAAUUUCCUCCUCUGGCGAUAUAUUUGAAUGGUGUUUUGAUGGCGUUAAAUGAUUUGCGACAGUAUCCCGCUCUUCCCUUUAUUUACAAAGUAAAGGACACGCUAUCUAAUUCUUUGGAAAAGGUAAUGUUGGCGCUGGAAAAGUGGGCGAGACUGGAAUCUCAAUCACAACCCGAUAGGAACGACGAAAGUGUGAAGACAUUGUGCGUGUUAGUUUUAAAAUACUUUCUACCGUACGUUGAAAAGGCGUUUAAACUGUUCUUUGACGAGAAAAAUAUCCACAAAAUGGUGGGGCGGCUGCCGAACAACGUGAAUGUUGUGGAAAACAAAACUGAGUUAAUGUUGGACGUCACGACGCUUAACAACCAUCUUAGAGACUACGUUGACGUGAAUGCUUUGCUUGACGAGGUGACGUUAAAUGAACCGGUAACCGGAGUAGAAGAUGUAAUUGAUAAAAGCAAAACGAAGGAGGGUAAUAUAAGUAUGACCGAAGAACCUCCGGAAAUCGAUAAUACUGGAUAUUCUGCGAAUGAGCACACAGACAAACAUAAUGAUGUAUCCGACUAGAUUUUUUUCUACAAGGAAUAAUUUAAAAAUAUGCCGUUUUGUAUAUUAUAUUUUACAGUGGAAUUUUCUUAUCUUAGUCCAACGGGGUUAAAUAAUAACUUAUUGCGAA